AUGGCUCACAGCAGGAAGGUUGGCUCACAGCAGGGCAGAGAAAGGUUGGCUCACAGCGAGGCAGAGGUUGGCUCACAGCAGGGCAGAGGAAGGUUGGCUCACAGUGGGGCAGAGGGAGGAUGGCUCUCGCAGGAAGGUUGGCUCACAGAGAGGGCAGAGAAAGGUUGGCUCACAGCGAGGCAGAGGGAGGUUGGCUCUGGCAGGGCAGAGGAAGGUUGGCUCACAGCAGGAAUGUUGGCUCUGGCAGAGACAGAGGAAGGUUGGCUCACAGCAGGAAGGUUGCCUCACAGUGGGGCAGAGGGAAGGUUGGCUCACAGCGGGGCAGAGGUUGGCUCACAGCAGGGCAGAGGGAAGGUUGGCUCACAGCAGGGCAGAGGGAGGUUGGCUCUGGCAGGGGUAGAGGAAGGGAUUGGCUCACAGCAGGGGCAGAGUGAAGGUUGGCUCUGGCAGGGGCAGAGGGAAGGUUGGCUCACAGCAGAGACAGCAGAGAAGGGAUUGGCUCACAGCAGGGCAGGGAGGGUUGGCUCACAGCAGGGCAAGUGA